AUGGACAAUAGUGGCCACCACACGGCGACCAAAACCCUAGCGACUCCUCCAGCCAGAGAAAGCCUGUCUGCCAGGAGCAACAUGAUCAGCACGCCCAAGCCCCUCGCCUUCUCCAUUGAGCGCAUCAUGGCGCGGACUCCAGAGCCCCGCUCCAUCCCCGUCCCGCAGCUCCUCCAUGGCUCCGUGGCCAAAGGCGACCCCAAGCACCCGCUGCAUCUCAACUCUUCCAUCCCCUGCAUGAUCCCAUUUGUCCCGGUGGCGUACGACACCCUGCCCAAAGCGGCGGUGGCCGGAGCGGAACCCAGGAAGGCUCACUUAGACUCCUCUUCCUCACCCUCCUUUAGCUGCGGCGAUCUCUUGAACUGUGCCCUGAGCUUGAAAGGAGAUUUCCCCCGCGAUGCCCUGCCCUUGCAGCAGUACAAACUGUCCAAGGCUUACCUGGCGGAGCGGAACAAGCUGGUGCUGCCGACCGUGGACAAGUACCCGGCGGGGGUCGCCUUCAAGGAUUUAUCGCAGGUUCAGUUGCAGCACUACAUGAAAGAAAGUGCUCAGAUCCUCUCAGAAAAAAUCUCCUAUAAAACCUCUGAGAUCAGCCGCGGCUCUCCCAGCAGCAAGCCCAAAGUUUUCACGUGUGAAGUUUGUGGAAAGGUAUUUAAUGCACAUUAUAACUUAACGCGCCAUAUGCCAGUGCACACGGGAGCCAGACCCUUUGUUUGCAAAGUUUGCGGGAAGGGUUUUAGACAGGCGAGCACGCUUUGCCGGCACAAGAUCAUCCACACCCAGGAAAAGCCACACAAGUGCAACCAGUGCGGCAAAGCCUUCAACAGGAGCUCGACGCUGAACACGCACACUCGAAUACACGCCGGCUAUAAACCAUUUGUCUGUGAAUUUUGUGGCAAAGGAUUUCACCAGAAAGGCAAUUACAAAAACCACAAGCUGACUCACAGCGGGGAGAAGCAGUUCAAGUGCAAUAUCUGCAACAAGGCUUUCCACCAGGUGUACAACCUGACCUUCCACAUGCACACCCACAACGACAAGAAGCCCUUCACCUGCCCCACCUGCGGCAAAGGCUUCUGCAGGAACUUUGACCUCAAGAAGCACGUCCGCAAGCUGCACGACAGCGCCCUGGGACUGCCCCGGCCCCCCGCCGAGCUGGGGGGGCCCGACCCACCGCCCCCGCCCGGGCCGCUGCUGCCGGGCCCGCCGCCGCUCCAGCCCUGA